AGCCAUGGAGGACUUGGAAAACAACACCACGGUCUUCUCCACGCUGAGAUCCCUCAACAACUUCAUCGCACAGCGUGUGGAGGGGGCGUCUGGGCUGGCUACGCCAGGCUCCUCUCAGAGCUCCCUGCAGAUGCAGUAUCAGCAGAGGCUGCAGUUGGAAGAGCAAGCUGGGCAGAUCCAUUCCAAGUCCCAGCUCCUGCAGGUGGAACGAGAGAAGAUGCAGAUGGAGCUCAGCCACAAAAGAGCUCGCAUCGAGCUGGAGAAGGCAGCUAAUACCAAUGCUAGAAACUACGAGCGAGAGGCUGACCGUAACCAGGAGCUGCUCACACGUAUAAAGCAAUAUCAGGAAAGGGAAGUAGAAGCUGAAAAUAAACUGAAAGAACAAAUGGAGCUCAACAAAUCUUAUAAAAAGAGUAUGGAGACAAUGAGCAAGAAACUGCAAGAGAAGGAGGACAAAUUAGCUGAAGCUAAUGAAACAAUCACUGUAUUAAAAGGGAAAAUAUCUGAGCUGCAGUGGAAUAUAAUGAAUCAAGAGAUGCAGAUGACGAGCCAAGACUCUGAGAAGCAGGAGCUGAUGGAACAACUGGAUGUUCAACAAAAAAAAUGGCAAGAGGCUACUCAGCAAAUCCAGACACUGCAAACAAGCCAAUCCUUGCUGGCAGAAUAUGAACAAAAGAUUAAGGAUCUAGAACAGAAGUUUUCCCAGCAGGAGCAUGAUGCUUUAAUUGUUAAGAACAUGAAGGCAGAACUGGCCCGCUUCCCCAAAAUGGAGCGGGAAUUGCGACAGCUCCGAGAGGAAAAUGUCUAUUUCAGGGAAAUGAAAGAGAACAACGGGUUGCUCAAGGAGGAGGUGGAAGGGCUGCAAAGGAAGCUGGAACGCUAUGAGAAAGUGCAAGCACAGCUAGUGACUCUGGAGUUGGAGAAUGAGAAACUUCUGGGAAAAUUAAAAAGCUGGGAGAAACUGGACCAGAGCACUGGCUUAAAUAUCAGGACACCUGAUGAUCUCUCAAGACAAAUUGUGGCACUGCAACAAAGGGAGCUUGUGCUGAAAGAGCAGAACUCGACCAUCAUUAACAGUGCCAGAACCCUGGAGAAGGCCCGGCAGCAGCUACAGGAGGAAAUGCUGCGGGUCCAGAGCCAGCUGCUGGACGAGAAGAAGAAGCGUGAGCACCACGAAGCGCUGGUCAGGCGGCUGCAGAAGCGCGUGCUGCUGCUCACCAAGGAGCGGGAUGGGAUGCGGGCGAUCCUGGAGUCGUACGACAGCGAGCUGACGCCUGCGGAGCACUCGCCCCAGCUCAACCGGCGCAUGCGGGAGGCAGAAGAAAUGGUGCAGAAGCUGCAUGCUCACAACACUGAGCUGGAGGGUCAACUAUCUCAAGUUCUAGAAGAAGUGGGAAGCCAUAAGCAAAAAGCAGAGAUGCUGGAGGUGGAGAUGAAGGUCCUGAAGUCCCAGGAGUGCACGACCGAUCAAAGCGUCUUCAUCACUAAGGAGGAAGUUGAUGCCCUCAGGCUGAAAAUCGAAGAGCUGGAAGCUGAACGCAGCAAGCUGGAAGAGGAGAACAGAGCUCUGGAAAUGAGGCUGGAGAAGCUCACUCUGCAGGGCGACUAUGACCCCAGCAAAAUCAAAGUUCUCCACUUGAGCAUGAACCCGGCCAGCCUGGCCAAGCAGCAGCGCAAGGAGGAGCAGCAGCAGCUGCAGGAGGAGUGCGAGCGGCUGCGGGAGCUCGUGCGCGUGCUGGAAGGCGGCGGCUCCGUCCCGCAGAACCUGGAAGGAGUUGGUGCUUUCCAGUCGCCGCAGGAGAUCGCGGAGCUGAAGAAGCAAGUGGAAAGCGCAGAACUGAAAAACCAGCGCCUGAAGGAGGUUUUCCAGACAAAGAUCCAGGAGUUCCGCAAGGUGUGCUACACGCUGACGGGAUACCAGAUUGACAUCACGACCGAGAACCAGUAUCGACUCACCUCGAUUUACGCCGAGCACCAGGGGGACUGCCUGCUCUUUAAGAUAGCACAGUUGGACUGA